GGAUGCUUCUUGGAUUAUAAAGCAUUUCAGGCGCAAUGGCAGAUCCCAUCCGCUGGGCCCGAUACCGUUGGCAGCGACUGAUAUCUACAGGGGGCGGAGAAGGUAGCAGCAGCAGCAAUCCAAGUAACAAGUGCUACGAAUCAUCAAAAACUAUUGGGAAACAUAGGAUAGUGAUACCCUGUUUGGGACAUUUUAAGGAAGAGUAUGAAAAAGUAUCAAAACUGUACAUGAACAACAAAAUACGGACUACUAAGUAUACUUUAUUGAAUUUUUUACCACGGAAUUUAUUUGAACAAUUUCACAGAGUUGCCAAUUUGUAUUUCCUAUUUCUAGUUGUCCUAAAUUGGGUUCCUCUGGUGGAAGCCUUCCAAAAAGAAAUUACAAUGCUACCUCUAGUAGCGGUUCUGACAAUUAUUGCAGUGAAAGAUGGUCUGGAAGAUUACUCAAAGUAUAAAAUGGAUAAACAGAUAAACAACUUACUAACCAAAGUGUACAGCAGGAAGGAGAAGAAAUACGUAGAUGAAUGCUGGAAAAACAUCAAUGUUGGGGACUUCAUCCGGCUUUCACGUAAUGAAAUCAUUCCAGAUGGCAUCCUUGAUGGAGAAACCAAUCUAAAGCAGAGGCAGGUGGUGAGAGGAUUUUCAGAGCAGGUCUUUGAAAUUGAUCCAGAAAAAUUUUCCAGUAGAAUAGAAUGUGAAAGUCCUAAUAACGACCUCAGUCGCUUCCGAGGCUUUGUUGAGCAUUCAAACAAGGAUCGAGUGGGCCUCAGCAAGGAAAAUUUACUGCUCCGAGGAUGCGCAGUAAGAAACACAGAAGCUGUUGUAGGCAUAGUGGUAUAUGCAGGUCAUGAAACCAAAGCCAUGCUGAAUAACAGUGGCCCUCAUUACAAGCGCAGUAAAUUGGAAAGAAAAGUGAACACUGAUAUUCUUUGGUGUGUUCUGCUUCUAAUUUUGAUGUGUUUAACUGGUGCAAUAGGCCACGGAAUUUGGUUAAGUAGGUAUUCAGAAAUACCUUUUUUUAACAUCCCUGAGCCAGAUGGGAAGUCGAUUCCUCCAGCAUUAGCAGGGUUCAAUAUGUUCUGGACGAUGAUCAUUUUAUUACAGGUCUUGAUCCCAAUUUCUCUCUAUGUUUCAAUUGAAAUUGUCAAAUUGGGACAAAUUUAUUUAAUACAGAAUGACAUUGAUUUUUACCAUGAGAAAACAGACUCAACAAUUCAGUGUCGAGCACUGAAUAUUGCUGAAGACCUUGGCCAGAUUCAGUAUAUCUUCUCUGACAAGACUGGAACCCUUACUGAAAAUAAGAUGGUUUUUCGGAGAUGCAGCAUUGCAGGACAGGAGUAUUGCCAUGAGGAAAAUGCAAAGAGAUUGGAAUCCUAUCAGGAGAAAGAUUCAGAAGAUGAGGAUUCAGCUGAUGGUCAGUGUGGCUCUUCGACCCAUAUGUCAAAACGGCAGGGGCACAACUGCAGAGCUGUGAAUGAACCUUUGAACAGAAGGUCUUUGAAUCAGUUGUCUGGAUUACCUGCAUUAGGAAGGGAAGAUGGAGCAGGUGAUGUUCCCCACGCAGGACACGUUGCUUUCAGCAGCCCCAUUGAAACGGAUGUUGUACCAGACGCACAACUGCUGGAAAAGUUCAGUCAAAUUUCUUCUCAUUCCUAUCAUCAGUCAGAAGAAGCCAGCAGCAAGUUAUCUUUGGAGACAGCAUACAUAACUGACUUCUUUCUUGCUCUGGCAAUCUGUAAUACUGUUGUAGUUUCAGUCCCCAAUCAGCCACGUCAGAAGAUGAGACUCUCUUCGCUGGGUAGGAUGCCUAUUAAAUCGCUUGAGGAAAUCAGGCAGAUGUUCCAGAGGUUGUCAGUCCGGAGACUAAGUUCCUCCCCACUUCCAGCCGUGAAGGAGUCAUCCUCUGAAAGCCCCAGUAGUUUUGUGAACAAACUGUCUAUUUUCAGAACGAAACUGACCUCACCUGCUUUGGAUGGAGCUGCUCAAAGGGCUGCUGAGUCUCUCAAUACUGACAGCUCAGAAAAUUCCCAAGUGCCUCAAGAACUAGAUACAGUGAAUGUAGCUGCUGACUGUGAGCACAACAGCGCUGUGUCAUCUACUGAAUUGUCUCCCUUACCUAAACUAUGUUAUGAAGCUGAGAGUCCAGAUGAAGCUGCCUUGGUUCAUGCUGCUCGGGCUUAUAAAUGUAUUUUACAGUCUAGGACUCCGGAUCAAGUAACUGUGGACUUUGCAGGUCUGGGAUCUUUAACCUUCCAGCUUUUGCAUAUCCUGCCUUUUGAUUCAGUGCGGAAAAGGAUGUCAGUGGUGGUUCGGCAUCCAGUCUCCAACAAAGUGGUGGUGUACACAAAAGGUGCAGACUCAGUCAUGAUGGAUUUGUUGAGAACUGCAUCUGAAGUAGGUACUAAUGAUUCAAAAAUGGAACAAAAGAUUAAAGAGAGAACUCAGGAGCAUUUGGAUAACUAUGCUAGAAGAGGACUGCGCACUCUGUGUAUUGCUAAGAAGGUGAUGAGCGAUGCAGAAUAUGCAGAGUGGUUAAAUCAUCAUUUUUUAGCAGAAACCAGUAUUGACAAUAGGGAGGAGCUGCUGCUUGAAUCUGCCAUCAGGCUUGAGUCUGAACUGACAUUGCUCGGUGCCACUGGCAUUGAAGAUCGCCUGCAGGAGGGUGUUCCAGACACAAUACAGGCAUUACGGAAAGCGGGAAUAAAAAUAUGGAUGCUGACAGGUGACAAGAGAGAGACAGCUGUCAACAUUGCCUAUGCUUGUAAGCUGCUGGAACCAGAUGACAGAAUCUUCACUCUCAAAUCACAGAGUAGGGAUGCCUGUUCCUUGGUGAUGAGCAAAAUUUUAGAAGACAUCCAGAAGAAUACUUCUGCCAAAAAAACCCCCAAUCAGAAACUUGGGAAUGUCUCUACAAGUUGCUCCACCCAAGCUGCAGGGCUCAGUGCAGGCCUGGUUAUUGAUGGAAGAACUUUAGAGCAUGUCCUUGAUGAUAGUCUGCAGAAUAUUUUCUUGGAACUCACAGAAAAAUGUCGGGCUGUAGUCUGCUGCCAAGCCACACCACUGCAGAAGAGUGUCCUGGUCAGACUGGUGCGAAAUAAGCUAAAGGCGAUGACAUUAGCUGUAGGCGAUGGUGCCAAUGAUGUCAGUAUGAUCCAGGUGGCUGACACUGGUGUGGGAAUAUUGGGCCAAGAAGGCAUGCAGGCUGUGAUGGCAAGUGACUUUGCAGUCUCUCAGUUUAGACACCUCAAAAAGCUGCUGCUUGUGCAUGGUCACUGGUGUUAUACCAGACUUACCAACAUGGUGCUUUACUUCUUCUACAAGAACGUGGCCUACGUGAACCUCCUGUUCUGGUACCAGUUCUUUUGUGGGUUUUCAGGCACAUCAAUGACUGACUAUUGGAUCUUGAUUCUUUUCAAUCUCCUUUUUACAUCAGUGCCACCCAUCAUUUAUGGUGUCUUGGACAAAGAUGUGUCUGCGGAGAUACUCUUGCAGCUUCCACAGCUGUACAUGAUGAGCCAGAAAUCUGUGGCUUACUUGCCUUCAACUUUCUGGAUAACCUUGCUGGAUGCAUUUUACCAAAGUCUCGUUUGCUUUUUUGUGCCUUACUUUACUUACUAUGGCUCAGACAUAGAUGUUUUUUCUUUCGGAAACCCCAUAAACACAGCAGCGCUCUUCAUAAUACUGUUUCACCUUCUCAUUGAGUGCAAGUCUGUGACAUGGAUACAUACAGUAGUUAUAGUUGGCAGCAUCCUGUUAUACUUUGUCUUCGCUCUGGUUUUUGGGGCCACCUGCAAAACCCACAACCCACCAUCAAAUCCUUACUGGAUCAUGGAAAAGCACAUGACAGACCCAGUAUUUUAUUUAGUUUGCCUCCUGACUACUUGUGUUGCUCUGCUACCCAGGUAUCUGCUGAGGGUUCUCCAAGGAACAUUGUUUCCAUCUCCAGUGUUGAGAGCCAAGCGUCUUGACAGACUGACCCCCGAGGAGCAGAGGGAAGCAAUUAAGAGAUGGAAAGAUGACUGCUUUGUAAACUGUAGAGUGGAGUUCCAGGCGACUUCUGGGUCUUCCAGCUCAGCCACAGGUGCUGUAUCAGAGGAAAGCACUGCCAGUGUUUUACCAGCAUCUAAAAUGCCUUUUCAGGCCUGUUCAAGAGAAGGGUUAGUAGAGGACACCUCUUUCUUACCAGACAUUCGGGACGAGCCUGGGAAUACAAAUGACUUGAACUCUGAAAAGGCCGUAUUUCUGAAGUCAUCAAAGGGAGCUAAUUCAGACACAUUUGACAGUGGUAACUCGUGUGCCAAAGUCCCCGUGUGUGCUUCUGAAGAGGGCAGCAGCGCUGCUUCUCUAGCACACAAAGCAGGUUCAGAUUCUGCUUUGUGUGAAGAAGAUGCCUUAAUGUAUUUUGUGAAGUUGGAAUGCUAACUGUUUAAACCCCAAAAGUAAUAACUGCUGAUUUAUGCCAUGUUGUGGUUUUGUUUUCUUCAGCCAAGGUAGACAAUGCACAUGUUUCCUUAAAAGCUUUUUUGUUUAUAAAGCUUUUUAAUAAUUUAUUAAGACAUUCAAGGUAUAAAUGGCUGGGUUGUAUUUUUAUAUUUUUUCACACAGUAGACUUUGCAUACUGCUUACUUCUUGUAUGCGACGUUGCGUAAUACCUUGUGGUGUUACGGGCAGGACGUUGCAUGAAUACGGAUUUGCAGGAUCCAGUUCAGGUAAGCCAACCUGCUCCCUUGCACCGCUGUCCUAAAAUCCUAGCGUUCUCUGGGAUUCACCACUUGCUGAAAUAUGAAGUAAGCAGAAGGGCUGGGAUGUCGUGUUGCUGGUUGGCUUGUUGCAGGACUCCUUCAGUACGUGUAUAUGGUAAUUGUUUUAACCAUUGUGGUUGAGUUUGUUUACUGGUUAUUGCACGGGCCGUCUCGGUGCUGGCCAAACACAAUUUUAACCAUCACAGUGGCAGCUCAGAUCAGACAUACAUGUCACGUGUCUCCCUCACCUUCCUCUUCCACAAAAAGAGCAAAUCCCAGUGCAGCCUUUUGUUCUCCAUGAUAGUUCAUCCUCCUGCUACAUCCCUCCUUCUUGUCUCCACGUGCCAUCUCACAUCAUGCACCACUGACUGGGCUUCUUUUCUUCCUCACCCAACUCGGAUGGUGGCUGCCUGACUUUUCUCUAAACUCUACCUCAUGCUUGCACUGCAGAAGUGCCUGCCAGUGGCAGUGGGUAGCUCUGGUCCGUCUUCAGCUCUCCUCUUACAAAUAGCAGCUUCUAGCUGAUGACAUUACUCUUCUUCACACUCAGGUGUUUUUACAUUCCUCCAGACUUUUAUAAUAAACAUCUUCAGUAUCUCUAAAGGCUGCUCAAAAGAA